AUUAAAAAAAAUACUUUAAUACUUUACCAUUUUUUAUAUAGUGUUUACUAUCAUUUUGAUGUUAUAUGUAGCGUUUAUUAUCAUUUCGAUGUCAAUAAAAUGGUUUCUCUUUUGAUUUCGUGUCUGGACAUGAUGAAAAUUAAUUGGUGAAAAUAAUUUUUAUUUGGAGAAUGAGUUUUCAAGGAAUUACCAAAAUAGUGUACCUUAUGGAAUGUAAACAGAACAGAACAAGUGAAAACAAGUUGUGACGAUUUAAAUAAUCGCAGAACUAAAGCUUUCAAAGACGGUAUGGCUUGUUCAAAACUAGAACCUUCUACAAAAUCUAAACCAUUGCAACCAGGAAAGUGGAAUGUUGCCGUGACAGGGAAAUCGGGAGCGGGAAAAUCAAGUUUUAUAAACGCCGUCCUUGGACUUAAAGUAGGACACGCGGGAGCAGCUGACACUGACGUCAAGGAAUGUACAAACUGUAUAAUGCCAUACCAUACACCAAACAUGGAACACGUUGUUCUCUGGGACUUGCCAGGUCUUGGUACAGAUACUUAUAAAAAAGAUAAUUAUGUCGAGAAGUUAAAUUUGUUUGAAUAUGACUUUUUCCUUGUUUUGGGAUCUGAACGAUUUACCGAGAAUGAAUUAUGGCUAGCAAGCAUAAUUAAAAAUAGUAAUAAGGAGUUUUAUUUUGUUCGGACAAAAAUUUAUAAUGAUAUAAUAACUGAUGCCUUAGGCCGUACCAAACCUCGAAGUAAAGAAGAAAUUUUGUUAACAAUAAGAAGUGACUGCUAUUAUAAUUUACAACAAUAUGGUUUAACACAAAGAGACAUUUACCUUAUUGAUAAUUUUCAUGCAGAACAGUAUGAUUUUCCUUCUCUUUUGCUAAAUCUUAACGAAUUAUCCUUAAAAUUCAGAAUGGACUACAUACUUACAUGCUACAGUCAUAAAAAACAAUCAUUUCUACACAAAAGGAAGAUACUUCUUGAAACUGCUGAAAAUGUUGCAACUGAGGCAACCACAAGGUGUAAAGAGCAAGUGCCUGGAUUAGGAGCAUCUGUCAAUAUCGAAGUUUUGCUCCGGGAGACAAGACGUUAUAUGGAGCAAUUCGAGCAAACAAGUGAUGAUAUAGAGAAUCAUGAGGAGGUAACUGGAUGGAAUAAAGAAAUGCUUCAAGAUCUUUUGAAAAGAAACAUUGUUGAAAUUAAUUGUUCGGAGAAUGGAAUUCUGGAAUUUUGCAAAGAUAUUGAACUUUGUGAACUAAUGGACGUGCAUUGUGGUAAGCCAAUCAAAAAUAAAAGGCCAACGAAGUCGUGGUCUUUUAAGAUUGUCUUGCAAUACCUAAACGGGACAGUUGAUAUUCUAUAUCAUAAUGCAUUAAGGAUAAACGAGGAGAUUGUUGGGAUUAUUAUGCAGGGGAGGUGAUUUGUAACCCUUCGAAUUUGUCUUUGAAGAAUCGAUAACCCUUCCAUUUAAGACCGGAUUCAAGUUGUCGCCCUUUGAUUUGGGAUACGGUAGACAUUGUAGAUACGACUAAGUACAUUAAUUAAGGGAUAUGAAGAUCUAAGUCAUUACUCUUGUAAGAUGGGCAGGUUGAAAUUGCCUUAUUUAUAUAGUAUUGAAUAAGAUACCGGUAUUACAUAAAAUGACAGUCAAAUAAAUAAAAAAACGUUUACAAUAAUAAGCUUAACGAUAUAUUCCAAUAUUAGAGCUUGGCUGGAUAACUGAUCAUGAUUACUAUUUUGGUUUGAUUCUUGAUUCUAAACACACCGUGUUUUACCACGCAAUUCAAUCGCAUUAACUUGAUAAUUCACACGUAACCAAUAGGUAUUUAAAGUUAAAUAAAUUGUAAGUAUCCCGUAGUUUUGGAAAACGGCAUAGUAAUAAUUAAUUACAAAAUACUGUAAUGAAUGUUGAAUAAUUAUUACUUUGAUUUAAGAUUUACGAGCUCACCAUACUGAAACAAAGAAAACAAUAAUAUAAAUCUACGUUUUUCUAAAAAUAAAUAAAACUAAAAGUUACAAUUCUUUGGAAUAUAUCGACAAAAGAGACACCGUCAUCAUACAUCACGCUAUCUUUAAUGCACUACAGAUUAAAAAAAUCUAUGAAAUAUUUAGUGAUAUUUUCAACAUUUUUUUUAUAUUAUUCAUAUUCUGCUUAUCAAAUAUUGUAAUGAUUUUUAUUUUUUCACCAAACGUAAAACAUGGAUUGUAUAGUAUGUAAAGACUCAUAUAUAUCUAACUUACAGUUAUUUUGUGACAAGGCAGAGCAGGGUUUUUAUAGAAUACACCACAUAAAUAAUUAUGUAAACCUUUACUGUAGAUAUUAUAAGAAAUUAGUUAUUAAUACUUAGAUAUUUCAACAUGCAAUUGAUUGUUAAUCUCCGUUGUUGUUAAAUCUUGUUUGCAAAUUUAUUUUUUGUACACUGUCUUGCCAUAUAUAUGUUGCGUUGUAUAUCCUCACGGGUCAUGUGGCCUUAUGGAAUUUGAAUAAAAAACUUAUCAAACUUAACUUGUUCGACUUUACAAUCUUUCAAAAACAACUGUAAAAAUUAUUUUCUAAGUUUACAGUUAGAUACAUGAUGAAAAUUGAUCACUUCAUAUUUUAAUUGUUGUAAAUCUUGAUAUCAUCAUUUUUUCUUUUUUUAAUCAUUACGAGUUUAUCUAUAAUUACCAUAAUUAAUAUGAGUGCCGGUCGGAUGCAUGAAUAAAAAUUAUCUAACCUUUACAUUAAAUAA